AUGGGAAAAUAUCGAGCUCGUUGGUUUUGUCCCUAUAAGCUACAAACAGAGUUCUUUCAAACAUUCCAUUAUGAAUUUGAAGGAGAUUCAUUCAUUUUAAGAAACAAAUCUGAUUUUGCUGGGGAUGUGAUUGAGUUUGUGACUUCACCAAAUAAUCCAGAUGGGAACUUGAGAAGUCCAGUUUUAAAAGGAGCCAAUGUGAAGACAAUUUAUGAUCAUGCUUAUUAUUGGCCUCAUUACACUGCAAUUCCAGCUCCUGCUCACAAAGAUCUCAUGCUUUUCUCAAUAUCUAAGCUCACUGGUCAUGCUGGAAGCAGAUUUGGGUGGGCUAUUGUGAAGGACGUGAAUGUGUAUAAAAGAAUGAUGGACUAUAUUGUCCUGGCUGAAAUGGGGUUCUCAAAGGAUACCCAAUUGAGAGCCUUAACUCUACUGAAAGUUGUUGCUGAAGGAGAUGGCAAGCAAAUCUUCAAUUUUGGACAUGAAAUCAUGAGGGAUCGUUGGGAAAAAAUGAUUCACAUCUUCUCUUUAUCUAAACGUUUUAGCCUCCAACGCAUUCCAACUCAGUAUUGCACAUUUCUUGACGGAGUCAGAGAACCAUCUCCAGGUUAUGCAUGGGUGAAGUGUAAUAGAAAAGAAGAUAAAAACUGCACAAAAGUUUUUAGAGUAGCAAAAAUCAUAGGUCGUCCAGGUAGCAACUUCUUUGCAAAAGAUCGUUAUGUUCGACUCAGCUUGAUAAAGAGUCAACAUGAUUUUGACAUGUUGAUUCGUCGGGUGAAACAAUUGGUUGAUAAAGAAGGUGCACAAGCCAUGUCAACUUUGUAA